AUGUCCACAAGGGGAGUCUCGAAGAGGGGCAAAGGGCGCCCUCGGAAAGAAGGGAACAUUGCCGACUCAUCCGCAAAGAUCCAAAGAGAAAAGAACCGACAGGCUCAAAGUAUAUUCAGAGCUCGCAAACGGGCCACUGAAGUUGCAAGCGAGCUUCGAAUAUCUCAACUUGAAGACAUAGUUGACCGGAUGGGGGAUACCUUCCUCACUCUUGUGAACCAUGUUAUCCAGUCGAAUCAGAAGCAAAACGACCUUGUGUUGGCAGGGAGGCUCCAAGAGUCCAUCCACACCUUUCUCACCUUAGCUGCAAGUUCGUCGGACCCGAGGUGGGACUCUCCCGACACUGGUAAUCAGGGUGACAUCCGCCAACCAACUCCGCAACUGGCCUGGAAUCCCGGUAAUGAGAGGGCAGUUGGGCCACCAGCAAUCGUCGAAGACACAAGCUCAUCCCAACAAGUCUCAGCUUUGCCGAUUUGGAAUUCACAGAAUCCGAACAACCUAUGGGGUCUUCUUGAUCAAUUCGACUCAACUCCAUCUUCGUUUCCCGAGCUUACCGGAUCCCCUACCAACGUACUGGGAAACGGUUGGACAAAAGAUCUACCUUUUUCAUACACGGCUACUCUUGGCCAGGUCGUUGGACAUCCCGUAGCUCAGUCAAUGAGUACCCUCAUCAUCCAGGCCACUUUAUACUAUGUCUACUAUAUUCUAUUAGAGGCAAACGACCCCUUGUGCUCAGAUGCGGCCAAGGAUAUAUUUCGCUAUGCACUCAAGUUACACUCUAGAGAUGAAUUAUUAUUCAACAUUCGAUGGUUCUUGGGACCAGGGCAACGAGAAGCCUAUCGACUAGGCAUAACGGGAUUUCAGAUCCUGAAUGCCCAGGACAGUGAAGGGUUUCCUACGUUGAGUCCUGCCGUGGAUUCCGAUGCGUGGAGUGACAUCCAAACACAAAAGCAACAUAGCCCCAGCCUGCAACAGUCGCUGCUUAAUGCGAGCGGCGUCGAGGCUUAUCUACUACACCAUGGACUUCGGAGGAUAACUCAAGAUGUCCUCGAAAUCGAUCUGGAGCAACAAGACAAGUCUCGCGAAGCACAGAUGGAAACCAAUCCUACGAGAAAGCCCAAUCUGAUUAAUGCAAACGUGUUCUUCCCCGCCGUGCCACAAGGAGGAAGAAGACUUGCGCCAAUCCCAACUCAACAAGCCUCUGCAAAACGGACUGUGAGAUUCUCGGAAUCUACCUUUAUACGGUUUCUAGCUACUCAAGCGUCACAUUGCCUAGCCUAUGGGCCUGGGUAUCGAAAAGACCGUUUACCUGAUUUGAUCGAAGCCGCUUCUGUUCCGCCUGGAUGA